AUGGACAUGCCUAUGCCUCCGUCUGUAUCAAAUGGCACAACCACCAUGAUGAUGAUGAACAUGCAAAUGAGUUUCUACUGGGGCAGAAAAGCCACAGUUCUUUUCACUGGAUGGCCUAAUAACAACCUUGGAAUGUACAUCUUAGCUAUUUUAUUUGUGUUCUUUCUAGCCAUGGCUGCUGAGGUUUUGUCGAACCAACCUCCCAUCAAACGCGGGACUAAUCCUCUCAUUGGAGGGUUGGUUCAGUCCUCGGUUCACUUCUUUCGAAUCGUUUUCAUUUACUUACUCAUGCUUGCUGUCAUGUCCUUCAAUGUUGGAAUCUUUAUUGCUGCUGUUGUUGGUCAUACGUUGGGAUUCUUUGUUGCCCGGUCGCGUGCUAUUGCCGUUGCUAAUGGAGAAGAUCAACGUUCAUCUUCGGUCACACUUAAAAUUUGA